UUGUGAUCCAGCAUCUUAAAACGCAACACAAAAUCCCUGAUUCAUUUUUAAACUGUUUUAUGCGUUUGGCAGUGAUAUAUAAACCCAAACCUGAGAGUGAUAGACAAGAAGACACCAAUCCCUUCAAUUACUUUAUUUUUUCUGUGUCCUCAGCUGUAAAUUCCCUCUUUAAUUCGUUGUCUUUCACGUUCGUUCCUCCAUUGUCAGUACCCACAGCUCUUUCUUUUUCUGCUCAUACGCAGCAACUAAAACAAGUUAACUUCUUUAUUCUGCCAGAUCUUGCUUCCUGUGCUUGUAGGGCUCCUUCAUUCCCAGGUGAAGUAUAUGCAGGGUCGGUAUGGGUGUUGUUUUUUGUGGCCAGAGGUUCUCGAAGGGCUUUUUUUGUUUAACUCAUCUUUGCUUCUCCUUCUGGGGAUAAAUCCACUUGAUAGAUGUUCAGUUCUUACAAGCAAACAGUCAGAAAAGCUUGGAUAUAAUGGGGAUCACUUCUCGCAGUUCUACAAAUAGAAAACCAAGUGAAGGCAUGAGACUCAUUGUGACAACUUUUGUUGGAACAUUUAUUGGCUUCUUUAUAGGAGUAUCAUUUACAGCAUUGUCAACUAAGUUGAAUCUCCCAUCGAGCUUGCUCCCCUCCAUCGAUGUUCCUUUUGCUGAAGAGAACACAGGUGGCAAUGUGCGGUCUUUUAUGAAGAGUAAUCACAAUAAAUCACAAUAUCAGUUAUUAAAUGAUACAAUGAAGAUUUGGGUUCCAUCAAAUCCCAGAGGUGCUGAAAGAUUACCUCCUUCAAUUAUCGAGGCUGAGUCAGACUUGUAUUUUCGCAGAUUGUGGGGUCUGCCCAGUGAGGAUUUAACUUCUAAGCCAAAAUACCUCGUGACCUUCACUGUUGGUUAUGAUCAGAAAUGGAAUAUUAAUGCAGCUGUUAAAAAGUUUUCAGAUGAUUUUACGAUACUUCUAUUUCAUUAUGAUGGUCGAACAACUGAAUGGGAUGAAUUUGAAUGGUCAAAGAAAGCUAUUCAUGUUAGUGCCCGCAAGCAAACCAAAUGGUGGUAUGCCAAGCGGUUUCUGCAUCCUGAUAUUGUAGCACCAUAUGAUUACAUUUUUAUAUGGGAUGAAGACUUGGGCGUUGAGCAUUUUAAUGCAGAAGAAUACAUAAGACUGGUGAAAAAACACGGGUUGGAGAUAUCACAGCCUGGUUUGGAACCUAAUAAAGGGUUGACAUGGCAAAUGACGAAGAGAAGAGGUGAUCGUGAAGUUCACAAAGAAACAGAGGAGAAACCAGGAUGGUGCAGUGAUCCUCAUCUGCCUCCUUGUGCAGCGUUUGUUGAGAUUAUGGCUCCAGUGUUUUCACGGGAUGCAUGGCGCUGUGUGUGGCAUAUGAUUCAGAAUGACUUGGUCCAUGGGUGGGGUCUCGAUUUCGCCCUUAGAAGAUGUGUUGAGCCUGCCCAUGAGAAGAUUGGAGUUGUUGAUUCUCAGUGGAUUAUACAUCAAAGUGUUCCCUCACUAGGGAAUCAAGGUGAAUCAAAAGAUGGGAAAGCACCAUGGAUGGGGGUGAGGGACAGGUGUAAAAAGGAAUGGACGAUGUUCCAAAGUCGGUUGGCGAAUGCAGAAAGCGAAUACUUCAAGGCUGUUGGGGUUGAUAUGUUCAGUAAUUCCACCACUCCAUAGGCCUAGAAGACACUAUAAUGUAUAUCGCCCGCCAUUCAACUUCGAUUAUCAUCAUAUCAUUCUUAUUUUUAUUUUAAUUUUUGAACACUUCUCAUAUAAUUGGUUUUUAAGUUUUUGGCACUAGAUGCUUGGGAUCAGAAUUUAUAGAUUAUAGUCUAGCUAAGGAUGAACCAAUUCAAUGUAGAGUUCUAAUGCUAAAAGUGAGAGGAAUACAUGAAGGUAAAUAAUAGUUAUGCUUUCGAUUAA